CCUUUUUGGAAACGUGAUACCUGAAAGGAUAGCCACCCAAGAUGACCGACGAGGCCAACACCGCCGUGUGGGAUGACUCCCUGCUGGUGAAGACGUACGACGAGUCCGUGGGCCUGGCCCGCGAGGCGCUGGCCCGCCGCCUGGCCGAUUCCACCAACAAGCGCGCGGAGGAAAACGCAGCCGCCGACGACGAGGAAGCUGGCGAGGAUUUGGCCACUGGCGGGGUCACCAGCCCCGAACCGGUGUCCUUCAAGGUGGGCGACUACGCCCGGGCCACCUACGUGGAUGGCCUGGACUACGAGGGCGCCGUGGUGUCGAUCGACGAGGAGAAGGGCACCUGCGUCAUCCGCUACUUGGGCUACGAGAACGAGCAGGAGGUGCUGCUCCUGGACCUCCUGCCCACCUGGGGCAAGCGGGUGCGCCGCGAGCAGUUCUUGGAGGCCAAAAAGGAGGGCACUGCCACUGCUGCUCAGCUCAAAACUCCCAAGACUGCCACUGCUGGUCAUCCGAAGACUAGCAAGUCAUCCGGAAGACUGGUCAUGCCGCCCAUGCCACCGGUGCCGCCCAUGAUUGCCGGACAGGGAGACGGCGGCGAGCAGGACUUUGUGGCCAUGCUCACCGCCUGGUACAUGUCCGGCUACUAUACGGGUCUCUACCAGGGAAAGAAGGAGGCCACUACCAAUAAUGCCAACUGCAGCGCCAAGAAGAAGACGCCCAAGAAGUGAUUCCAUCUCUCAACUCAUCUCCACAUCUUUCCUAAAGACUUGUAGCCAUUUAAGAGAACGAAACGAUUAAAAAUUGUUGUGUUAAGGA